UUUCAUUUACGAUUUAACAACCAAGUACUGAGUGUACUCAGUUAUUUAAUUUAUUAACAUUAUAAUUGAAUUGUAUAAUACAGAUAGGAUUUUGGUUUUACAUUUAAGAUAUUAUUAAUACUUAUAUUUUCUGCAUUGUGUGGGUUGCAAUGGGUCAAGGAAGAAGCCAAUUUACGGAAGAAGAACUUCAAGAUUAUGAGGAUCUUACUUAUUUCACUAAAUCCGAAGUUUUAUAUGCUCAUCAAAAGUUUAAAGAAUUGGCACCCGAAAAAGUAGGACAUAACAAGAAUGCAAAGCUUCCAAUGGCUAAAAUUCUACAGUAUCCAGAAUUGCGGGUGAACCCAUUUAGAGACAGAAUUUGUAAGGUGUUCAGCUCAAGUAAUGAUGGUGACUGUACUUUUGAAGACUUUCUGGACAUGAUGUCUGUAUUCAGUCAGAAUGCACCAAAAUCUGUGAAAGCGGAACAUGCAUUUAGGAUUUUUGAUUUUGAUGGCGAUGACAUGAUUGGUGUGUCUGAUCUCAGUGAGGUGGUUGAACGGCUGUGUGGAGUAGAACUGAAACUCAGUGAAUCUGAAAUUCAGGCAUUGAUCCAGAAUGUACUACAAGAAGCUGAUUUAGAUGAUGAUGGAGCUCUUUCAUUUGCUGAGUUUGAGCAUAUUAUAGAUAAGAGUUCAGAUUUCUCCCAUUCCUUCCGGAUUCGGCUGUAAUAUAAGAAGAUUAACACAUUUGUUAUUAUUACAUUUAUGAAUCUCAUAUGAAUAGUAAUAUUAUAAUUAUGUGUUAGAAUUAUUAAAUACCCAAAUUAUACACUGUAAACUUUCCAAUUGGGAAAUCUAGAGUCAUUAUAAUUAUUGUCUUCCUAUUGUAGUUAUUAGAACAUUUUAUUAUUUAUAGAAAACAACUUUUGCU